AUGGCAAAUUUACUUUCUAAAGAAGUGGCUGUCACUGUUUCUCAAGAUGCCAGGGUCAAGAAUAUUGGUGACUCGGCCCUACUAUCAGCUAUUCAGAGGAGAGACACUGAAAUGGUACAAUUCUUGAUCGAAGCUGGUGCGAACGUCAACGAGCUUAGUAACUUCUCUACGAUGUCGUUCAUAGGGACGGCACUCCAGGCAGCUGCAGCACGAGGCCGCACUGAUAUUGUGCAGCUGUUGUUUGAGAAAGGGUCAAACAUCAACGAGCCACUACAAGGUCAAAGUGCCAUGACAGCGCUUCAAGCUGCGGUCCACUUCGGACACGUCAAUACUGCAAAGUUUCUUCUUGAACAUGGAGCAGAUGUAAACGCCUCGGCGACAAACUAUGAGGCUUCUCGAACAGCUUUGUUGACUGCGACGAUAAAUAAGAAUCUUGUCAUGGUCAAGCUUCUGCUUGAUUUCGGCGCAGAAUUG